CUCUGCACCCUGCAGCACGCAGGGAAGGCUCUCCAACAGCCGAAAGCAAACGGCCAGGACCCCCAGCCAUGCAGCACAGCAGCACAGAGCAGAGGACGCCGCAGCCCAGCAGGGUCAGCCCCCGAUGCCCCGCAGGAAGGCGGUGCCGGCGCUGGGCAGCCUCUGCCUGCAGAGUUUGGUGCAGCACAUGCAGAGCGUGUGGGUGAAGGAUUACAGCGACAACUACCUGGACGAGUACAGCUUCCGCUUCGUCAUGGGCCCCUUCAACGACCUGGCCGGCACGUUGGUGCAGGAUCUCAUCCGGCUGCUGGGCGAGAGCCGCCGCCUGUCCCGCGCUGCGCUGCAUCUGCUGCUGCUGCCCCACCUGCAGGAGCUGAGUCUGCAGCACUGCCACAGCCUGGUCAGCAACGCCAUCGGGCAGCUCAUCGGUGUGCGCUGCAAGAGCCUGAGCGCGCUGGACCUGCACGGCUGCAGCCGUCUGUCGGCGGACGUGCUGGUGGACCUGGUGGAGGAGCUGCCCCUGCUGAGCCGCCUGGGGCUGGCGGACACUCAGACCAACGUGCAGGUGCUGGCGGCCGUGGGCUCGAGCUGCCGCCGCCUGCGGGAGCUGGACGUGUCCCGCUGCAGGAAGGUGACGCCCCGCGCCCUGCUGCACUUGGCCUACGACACGUUGGAACGGACCCCGGGCUGCCCGGCGCUCCGCGUCCUCGUGGCGCGGGGCCUGGAGCCGGCGGGGGGCGGCGCGGUGCCGGCGGUGUCGUUCGUGCUGCUGGCGCUGCCGCUGCUGGAGGUGCUGGCGCACGGCGACGUACCGGCCGCGCUCGGCCUCCUGCACUCGGGGCGGCUCGACGGCGCCGCAGCCGCGGACGGUUUCCCGUCGCUGCGGGAGCUGUUGGGGCGGCGCGGCGGGACCCCGGUCACGCUGCCGCUGCGGCGCCUGGAGGAGCUGACGGAGCCGGAGCUGGCGGCCGCGCUCGCCGUGUGCCCCGACGCCGAGGACGUUUCCGCGUCCCUCGGGGACGGUGCGACGGGCGGCUGGGACGCGCUGCCGCGCUGGGGCCGCCUGACGCGGCUGGAGCUGUCGUGCUCGGGGCCGCGGGGCCGGGCGCUGCUCGAGGCGCUGCCGCUGUUCCGCCGGUUGGGCUCUCGGCUGCAGAGCCUGGCGCUGCACGGCUUCGUGCUGCACGACGAGCUCGCCCUGUGCGAGCUGCUCGGCCUCUGCCCCGACCUGCGGGACUUCAGCGCGGAGCUGCUGCCCCCGACAACGACCCGCCCCGACAACGACCCGCCCGAGGAGCCGCCGCGCUGGGACACGGAGCUGCUGCCCGUCGGGCUGCCCCGCCUGCUGCGCUUCUCCCUGGCGCUGCCCGGUCCCGUCCCGGCGCCCCACGGGCAGCUGCUGCGAGCCACGCUGGCGUCGUUGCUGUGCCGCUGCCCCCGCCUGCAGAGCCUGCGCCUGCUCGGCAUCGCGCUGCCGCUGGACUCGGUGUUCGAGACGGUGUUGGCCGCCCCGGGGCCGCCGCUGCGGGAGCUGCAGGAGCUGUCGCUGGUCGAGAGCCGCGUGUCCGCUCGCACCGUGCGGCUGCUGUUGGCUUCCGACGGCCGCCUGCGCCGCCUCGACGUGUCCCGCUGCCGGGACGUGCAUCGCCGCGACUACGACGGCUUCGUGCAGACCGUGCGGAAGCAGCGGCUGGACCUGGACAUCAGCUGGGAGUAGCGCUCACACCGAGGCCUUUAAUAAAGCACCCGCACCGCG